GUUACAUCAAUGUUCAGUUCGUUUGUUCUUGUCUUCUGUGGAUUUUACGAGUAUUACUUGCGACCUAUCGUGAAGUGGACACUUCGGAAGUUAACUGGCAAGUGUGAGCUCCUUCGCCUCACUAUUGGCCGCCAAAAGGGAGCUUCGCGCACGCGUGCCGUUGAAAAAUCUAUCAGAUGUUCCAGACGCCUUCCACCUCUGGUUCUGUACACUGACGAAGACUGUAUUAGAUACUUAGACUGUGCCACCAAGGUGAAGCGCAUUGACGCCGAUGUUUACCCCAGCUUUUCAUCCUCCUUCAUUUAUUGUCUUAGACAGAUCUGCGCUUAUGAUCUGUUAUUAACCCAUCUGGAGUCCUUACGGUCAACCGCCGUUGAUUGGAAUAAUGAAGGACAUCUGAAUCUUCUCGAUAAACUAUGGACCUGCUUGAACACCGAAACGACGAAUGUUCCCAUACGUUCUCGUGAGUGGCAAACAGUAGGCUUUCAAUCCGACAAUCCCCAGCAGGACUUUCGUGGCAUGGGAGUUUUAUCCCUUGAGAAUUUGGUAUAUCUUAGUGUCAAUCAUACCGCGUUAACUCGCUCGUUGCUGUCUGCAUCUACUCAUCCCCAGCGAUGGUACCCCUUCGCUGUCGUCAGCAUCAAUAUAACUGAAAUGCUGUACACAUUUAUGAAAGAGGGAGAACUGAAGAAUCAAUUUUACAAUACCGCAACUCGUUGUACAAUUGUGGAUUUUCACAAAUUGUUUUGUUUCGUCUUUUACACAUUCCAUGAGUACUGGAUGCAACGCACCAGGGACAUCAUGUUCUUCAACCAUCAUCGUGAAGAAUUCCGAACUCGACUACUCAAGCGUCUGCGAUGCACAGAUUGUCGUCUGGGUUUGACUGGGUCCAAUGGUGAUGUCAGCUUCUUUGAACCUUGAUCAACUUGUUCCGGAUCAACUUAUUCAUUGCUUUUAAGCACUGAAGUUAUGCGAACCAAACAACUUAUAUACUCUCCAUUGUUUCACCAAUUUUCUCUUCUACCAUUCGUUGAUCGUAGCCUUUAGCCCGGAGGAAGGUUUUUCAUCUAUGCGCUUGUUCUUCUUACUAGUUGGCUGUUGCCUUAGUUAUACUAAUCAUUGUGUGGUGUGUAUGGCAACAAUAGAAAGGGGGCCGACUCAUU